AUGUCAAAAAUGCUUGUCAGACUAUUACUUUUAAUUAUUUCAACUAUCUCAGUACAUGGGUUUCAACCGUCGAAUCCGGACGAAUAUGAUCAAAUAGUACUUCAAAAUCCUACGAAACAGGAAUUCAAUCAACAAACAACCAAUGAAGAUUAUUUUGAUUUUGACAAUUCGAGACCAACGUCACUUUUUAAACAAACUGCAGACUUUACCAUUACCUGCAGAGGAGAGAAUCGAAUCUGUACCAAGAAAGAUGACUGUCUCAAUGGUAACAUUUAUAUCACAAACGAUGUUACCCUUCCAUCAAGCAAGGAAAAAGAAUGCAAAAUUAGCGACGAAGUUUGCUGUACGGUUGUGCAAGGCCUUCGAGAUACAUUACCAAAAAUUGAAACAUCCAAACAAACUUUGGGAAGCAAUAGCUUUAACGCAGGCUUUGGAGUAAAACGACCGCCUACAAAAAACAAUCAAGCCACAAAAGUCUUUGUUAGUGAAUCUACAAAUUCGCGCGUGACUCAAGAUCUCGAUGAACAAAAUUCUGUUCAAUCUUCUACAAACCUUCUUGCUGUUGCAACCCAUUUGCAGCUUGGCUGCGCGGCGGCUCUUCUUUGUGUCGAAGAACAAUACUGCACCGUGGACGGUACAAUUAGUCCAGAACCUGUUUCUUUGCCAAGUACAUCAUUUUUGCAACGUGUGCCACUAAGCAGUUGCAAAAAUCCUGAAAGCGGAAUAAUCGGCAAAUGUUGUCGAGAUCCAAAUUAUGUAGAUCCUUGGCCAACAGAAAAUCUUCCUAAAGAUUAUUCUGGUGGAUUCGAUGAACAAGGUUUCCCAACAUUUUUGAGUACAGCAAAAGUAAGACCGCCUAAAGUAUCUGUACCACCGAUUAAAACAACUUCUAGACCUGACUUGGGCUCACAAAAUUCUCUGCCAACCGAAGGAAAACUGGAACCCGUAUUAGUACCUGAUAAUUCGGUUAUUUCUGCACAAGUUUUAGUUCCUCCGAUCGAAACCAUUCCAAAUCAUAAAGACGAUUUGAAUAUCGAACAACUGAGCCUAAAAUGUGGUGUUAGAAAUAUGAGACCAGGAAUUAGGGAAUCACAAACUGUUUUCGCCGAAAUUCCAUGGCAAGCGAUGGUUUUGCAUUCGAAAGAAAAGAAAAUUCUUUGUUCCGGUGCUCUAAUUAGCACUCGUGAUGUAAUAACUGCGGCCAAUUGUAUCGACAGCUUGGCACCAGACGAUAUUUUAAUAAAGUUAGGGGAAUGGAAAUUAGGAUAUGAAUUAAAACACGAGGAACCCCUUCCUUAUGAAAUUCUCAACGUAUCGUCUAUCAACAUACAUCCUGGUUAUGCAAGAGGAUUCGGAGAUCACGACCUCGCAAUUUUACAUCUUGAAAAUUCUGCAAAUAUCGAUUUUCACGUUAAUCCUCUGUGCUUGCCUGCAACGACACAGCCACAAAACAAUAAGUCAUGUAUCGCUACCGGCUGGGGGAAAUCCAUUCUUCAAGCGCAUUAUGCCGGUGCAAUUAUGCAUGCAGUGGAUUUGGAUAUACUUUCAAUGGAACAAUGCAAAGAGCAAUUAAUAAGAGCGGACUUAAGCUCAAACGUAGCAAACGGAAUUAUUUGUGGCGCGACUAAAGAGGAUAUAAAUAAUAUUUGUGAGGCAGACGUUGGGGGACCCCUUGCCUGUGAAAAUCAAAAUGGAGUUUACGAGUUAGUUGGGAUUUAUAGUCAAGAUACAGGAUGCCUUCCAUCAAAUCAAGUCGCAAUUUUUGCACCAUUAGACGACGAGUGGUUAAAAGGAACUAUGGCGAACUCAACGCCUGUACAAAAUCCUUCGGCGGUACCAAAAGAAAACGGUACAAGCGAAGGAUAUGAAGAUUUGGUAUUUGAGAAUGACUAUCGGAAGAGUACUCUGUCUACGGAUAAUGAGUAUCUACCUCCAAAUUGA